UAUCUCAAUGCUCAAAUGUGCCAUACGUUUGGACGGCGUUAUCUGUGUCGAAUUUCCAGUGCCAAAUCAACAGAACGAACGAUGAGGUGUACAUGGAAGGUGCUGGCAGUUUGUCUGCUCUUGCAAAGCGUUUACGCUUACCUACCGGUGAACAAUGAAUCACUAAUUCCGAAAGGUGCCGAAAUAUUGAAGGAAAAUGCAGAAAAAUUUUUCGAUGCAUUAUUUACACCGUCACAACGAAAGGAUUCAUCUCGAGGCGACUCUGCGCUCCAGGAAAUAUGCGGUGACUUAUAUGCUGAACAAGUAGAGGCCACUUUGUAUAUUAGCGGUUUUGGCAUUAGGCAAUGUAUGCAUGUCGAUAUCUACCUACUGGAAGCGUACAUGGAGUUUCAUGGCGUUGAGGAAAUACAGCAACAAUUUCUGGAAGGCAUUGAGCAAUGCUCUCUGCGUAAUCCAACCAAUGCCGAAAUUCAAUGCUACUCCCGUUUGAUCUCUAAGCUUUUCAACGAGCUGAACUAUCUUUCAAGUGAUUUACCUCGAAAAGAAGAAAAGUGCAUAAACAUUAAAUUGGGGCAAAUGGUGCGUAAAUUGGCGAAGGUAUCCGAUAAAUACGAACGCUGUCUGUCAAUUAGUAGCUCUAAUAAUGAUACAUCACCGCCACCACAAUGGAACUCCACUUGGUCCCCUCCUAACGCUACUUGGGCUCCACCUAACUCUACCUGGGCUCCACCACAAUUGAACUCCACAUGGGCCCCUCCUAACGCUACUUGGGCUCCACCUAACGCUACUUGGGCGCCACCGCAAUGGAACUCUACUUAUGCUCCACCACAAUUGAACUCCACCUGGUCCCCUCCUAAUGCUACUUGGGCUCCACCUAACGCUACCUGGGCUCCACCACAAUGGAACUCUACUUAUGCUCCGCCACAAUUGAACUCCACCUGGGCCCCUCCCAACGCUACUUGGGCUCCACCACAAUGGAACUCCACCUGGGCCCCUCCCAACGAUACUUGGGCUCCACCUAAUGCUACCUGGGCGCCACCGCAAUGGAACUCCACUUGGGCUCCACCUAACGCUACCUGGGCUCCACCACAAUGGAACUCCACUUGGGCCCCACCUAACGCUACCUGGGCUCCACCACAAUGGAACUCCACUUGGGCUCCACCUAACGCUACCUGGGCUCCACCACAAUGGAACUCCACCUGGGCCCCACCUAACGCUACUUAUGCUCCACCACAAUUGAACUCCACCUGGGCCCCUCCCAACGCUACCUGGGCUCCACCUAACGCUACCUGGGCUCCACCACAAUGGAACUCCACUUGGGCCCCACCUAACGCUACCUGGGCUCCACCACAAUGGAACUCCACUUGGGCCCCACCUAACGCUACCUGGGCUCCACCACAAUGGAACUCCACUUGGGCUCCACCUAACGCCACCUGGGCUCCACCGCAAUGGAAUUCAACUUGGGCUCCACCUAACGCUACUUGGGCACCACCGCAAUCGAAUUUCACUUGGGCUCCACCAAACUCCCCUUGGAAUCCACCUAAUGCUACCUGGGCGCCACCACAAUGGAACUCCACCUGGGCCCCUCCCAACGCUACUUGGGCUCCACCUAACUCUACCUGGGCUCCACCGCAAUGGAACUCUACUUAUGCUCCACCACAAUUGAACUCCACCUGGGCCCCUCCCAACGCUACUUGGGCUCCACCUAACGCUACUUGGGCUCCACCGGAAUGGAACUCAACUUUCGCUCCACCCAACUCCACCUGGUCUCCACCACAAUGGAACACUACUAUUGUUGGAAAUACUACCCAAGUAUCAAUCAACGCGACUACUGAAAGCAAUGACGUUACUGCAAAUGUGCCUUGGUAUAAAAAAAUCUGGCAUGAUAUUAAAAAUACUUUCUAAAUAUAUAUGAAUAAAUUUUAGCAGUUGAAGAUCACUGCAUCAAUUCUGAGCCAAAUGGCCAUACAGAAUAUUUGUAAAAAUAAAAAUAAGGCUAUGACAAAUAAAAA